CGAUGGCCUAUAAUAACUCCGUAUUUUAUGGACAUAACUGAAAAAACUUACAUAACGAGGAAGUGUAUAAGACGCAUGCGCAGAGCAGCUCAGUAGCGGCAGCCACCACGCCACACCAGUCGUACUCUCUACCCUGCAACUCCAAAAUGGCUGACUUGAAGGAUGCUUACAUUGCUGCUCUGGAAAAGAAGCUGGCAGAGCUCUCUGGGAUUGAAGUGGAUCAAAUAAAGAAAAACCAGCUUGCCAAUGCUGCAGAUGAGGCAAGAGCCAUCAGUGAGAUGGCAGAGUAUGUGGCCAGCAUUCAGGUCGAGCAAGCAGGUGUAGCCCAGGCCGGAGUGGUCAACCCACAGAUUGCUGCAGUUUAUUCCCACAUCACAGCUGAACUUGGUGAGGAAAGAGGUGCUCAUGUUUUGCCCCCAAUGAAAUAUGAUUAUGCAGCACUGGAGCCCCAUAUAUCUGCAAUGAUAAUGGAGAUCCACCACACAAAGCACCACCAAGGCUACAUCACAAACCUCAAGGCUUGUACUGAGAAACUGAAACAGGCUGAGGAAGCCAAUGAUGUAGCAGCCAUGAAUGCCUUGCUUCCUGCCAUAAAAUUCAAUGGUGGUGGGCAUCUCAACCACACAAUCUUCUGGACUAACAUGGCCCCAAAUGCUGGUGGUGAGCCUUCUGGCCCUAUUGCUGAUGCUAUCAAUAAGGAGUUUGGAUCAUUCCAGGAUUUCAAGGCCAAGUUCUCUGCAGCCAGUGUUGGAGUGAAGGGCUCUGGCUGGGGCUGGCUGGGUUACUGCCCCAAGAAUGACACAGUAGCUGUGGCCACCUGCCAGAAUCAGGAUCCUCUCCAGAUCACUCACGGUCUGAUUCCCUUGCUUGGGCUUGAUGUUUGGGAACAUGCCUACUACCUUCAGUACAAGAACCUCCGUGCUGACUAUGUUAAGGCAUUCUUUAAUGUAAUUAAUUGGGCUAAUGUCAAUGAACGCUACGACAAUGCCCGCAAAUCUGCUGGACACUGACUAGUUGACUUGUUUGAACAACCUCAAGGCGCCAGAGUAGCUUCUCGCAUGUGAUGUCUUUCAGGGGCCAACCCAAGAAUGAGCAUUUAUUUUUAAGGUUGAGAUGUUUAAGGGCUAGUGAUUAUCACAAAUAUAUUGUAAUGGAAGAAAUUCAGUUCAUUAAAUAUUAAGAGAA